GAAGAUGGUAUCAUAUUUGUAUGCGGGCAUAUAGAAGUAAUAGAAGGUCUCCCAAAACGAGCUCAGCACCUCCACCAUCCUCCCCAGAAGAGCAGAAGGAUCUUCACUUGACUGCAACUGAAAGGAGAAUGGGAUCAUCUGGAGUUCAGAUUGUGUGUGUGGCUCUCGGGGUUCUCGGCCUGGUCGGAGUGAUUGUGUGCUGCGCCGUACCGCGCUGGAAAGUUUCCUCCUUUACGGGGUCGAACAUAGUGACGGCUCAGAGCAGUCAAGAGGGUCUGUGGAUGAACUGUGUGGUCCAGAGCACGGGUCAGCAGCAGUGCAAGAACUACGACUCCUUGUUGGUGCUAGCCUCGGACCUGCAGGCGGCCCGCGCCAUGACCAUCAUCAGCUGCCUGCUCGCCUGCCUCAGCCUGCUCAUCUUGUUCUGCGGCGCCGACUUCACCACCUGCGUAGAGAAUGAAGACGUCAAGCCCAAGAUCAGUCUGGUGGCCGGGGUGGGGCUGCUGCUGGCCGGCCUGCUGGCCAUCAUCCCCGUCAGCUGGUCGGCCCACAUCGUGGUGCGGGACUUUAACAGCCCCUUGGUUCCGAUGUCCCAGAAGAGGGAGCUUGGUGCUUGCAUCUUCGUGGGCUGGGCCGCAGGAGUCCUCCUGCUGUUGGCCGGAGGGCUGCUGUGCUGCUUCAGCCGGCCCAAAUCCGGAGGCUCGGGGGGAACCGCCCGCUACUACAGCAGCAACGCCUCCGCCCCCAACAAAAACUAUGUGUGAGCCAGGCUCUGGUCCGCAUUAACAAACCAGAAAGCAUGUAAAUAAUAACCUGUAGUUUUGUGUAGUGUAGCUAAAUUCAGCCACAACAAGAGUUCGAAUGACCGUCUGGCAUCAUGAAGGUCACCAAUCUACUGGUGAGAAUCAUUCAUUUUCAGCACCGUCACAGGGUCACGCAUGGUGGGGAAGCCGUCACAGGGUCACACCUCCUUCCUCCACUGCCCUGAACUUUCUCAGUCUUUGACCAUCGCUGGACGAGAGCGGAAUUCUUCUAAACCAUUUUCUAAAAGUAACACCAACAGACAUCCACUGCAUUUCCUUCAUCUUGAUCUUGGAAUUUCAGGGAAAAAAUAAUGUUGAGGACUUGCUGACGGUUUCGUUUGUUGUUUAUUUGAAAAAUCAUCACAAAAGCUGUUUCUCCUUUACUGUCAUACUGCACUCACGGUUGUUGUUUGUGCUGUUUCCAUGUCGUAAUGUCCACCAAAAGUCCAUAUUUACACAUUUGUAUUGUUAAUUUGACAAUAAACCAACGUUGUCUAUAUUGUUGUGU